AUGAAUAAAGAUGAUAUUGAUUCACAAUUAAUUUUACGUUAUAUAUGGGCAAGUGCAUCAAGUAUACAAGUUGAACAAAUAUUUAAAAUUGCACGUCCAAACGAGGAUGAACGUUUAUAUAAAUCGAAUCUUGAUAAUCAUUAUUUAUUAUGGCAUGGUACUAAUAUUCGUAAUUUAAUUAGUAUACUUACGAGAGGACUUCUUGUUGGACCAUUAGCUGCUAUGGCAAGUGGAAGUUUAUUUGGAAAAGGAAUUUAUACAGCAGAUACAUUUGCAAAAAGUCUUGGUUAUUGUUCAGGUGUAAAACAGAAUGAUGGUGGUGGUGAACGUUGUUUUAUGAUAUUAUGUGAAGUUGCUUUAGGUGAAAUUAAAGAAAUGGGUUUAAAUAAUGAUGAUGGUGGUACAAAACAACUUGAUUUAAAUCAAUUUCAAAGUCGUAAAGGUACUGGUCGACUUAUACCUGAUCCACGAUAUAUAGUUACACGAAAUUAUGGUGUUCGUAUGCCACUUGGUAAUAUGAUCGAUAAUACAGAUGUUAAAGUUGGUUUUUAUGGUCUUAAUUAUAAUGAAUAUAUUGUAUAUGAUGAAUCACAAGUAGCUUUACGUUAUCUUGUGCAAUUUCGUCGUUAA